GCUGACUUUCGAGGGCGCCAGGCGGCGCCUGGUGGUCCGCAUCUUGUCGGAAGCUUUCAACGCUGGGACAUCCCCACCGCCGUUGCUUUGGCAGACGACGACGCAGAUGGAAUUUAUGUCGCAACGCUGGAUUUGCCUGCAGGGUCCUACGAGUUCAAAUUUCUCAAUGGCAGCGCUUGGGAACAUGCGGAGAUUGUGCCGAUCUCAUGUAGCACUGCCGACGCAUACCACUAUGGCUCCUAUGGCUACGGCGAUGAGAAUGCUCACCGUCGCCUCCACAUUGCAGAGAAUGCGUCCUCCUCUAACAUGCACGCGUGCUUCAACGAAUGUGAGCCUUGCGAUGCUCUUUCUCUCUGCAAGACCUAUGAUUGUCCUCCUUCCUAUGGCUUGAAGAGCACUGCGUGGGAGCUCACCGGUGAAUCACGGGGCACAUGCUGCGACGCGCUGGGCAGCGGCAAAGGUUCCAUCGUGGUGCGCAGCGCGGGGUAUUCCGACGGCAACUACGCCCAGUUCUGGCUGAAAGGGUAUCUCUUGUACGCGACGGGUGCUCGUGGGCUGACUGUCGUCGAGCUGCGUCCAGGAUCCUUGGGCGAGUACAUCGUGAAGCACACAGAGACCUUUGACACUUUCGUGGAUUCGUCCAAGCUGGAAGGCUAUCUGUCCGCCGUCGCCGCUGGCAAUCUGAUCCUCAUGGCAGCCGUGGAUGAGGCUUCCGCCAUGCUGAGCCAACAGGCCAAAGCAUUGAUGGCCACUUGUGGGGCCGAGUCCAUCCAGCAGAUGGCGUUCAGGAGCUCGUAUGCACUCAUCGGACAGAAAGGCGGCAGUGCCUUAUCCGAGGAGAUAUCGCCGGAAGGUAGCGGAGGUGCCGUCGCAACUGCGACGGUUACUCUGCCGGAGAAGCUGCCGCCGUUAUGCAAGAUGUUCAACUGCUUCUGGGGAGCGCUACAAUAUGUCCUGAAGGCCGACGCUCUGGAGACGCCCGGUAAAUCUGAGGAAGCUUGCUGCGAAACAGCCGGUCCUGGCGAGCAGUCGUUGGUCGUACGAAGCGCCGGAUAUUCAGACGGGAACAAGGCUGAGUUCUGGUUGAAUGGUCAAAGGAUCUAUGCGACCCGCACGCGAGGGCUCACGAUCGUGGACCUGUGGCCUAACAUGACAGUGAAGCACAAGGAGACCUUCGAUACCUUCACGGAUUCAUCGUCUAUGGUUGCAUACCUGAGCUCAACAGCCAAUGGCAACGUGAUACUGGUCGGAGCAGUGGAUGAACCUUCCGCAGCCUUCAGCCAAGAGGCGGAGAACGCUCUUCGAGAGUGUGGAGCCACAUUUCCCCAACCGCUCUCCUUUCGGAGCGCCUAUGCUCUCAUCGGCAUCAAGGGCGGAAGCAAACUCUCAGAGGUGGUGCAAGUAGAAGGAGACGGAUACGCAGUAGCCGUCGCCGAAGUGAAAAAGCCAGAACCGGUGUUGACCAUGUGCAACUUGUACAACUGCCCUUCUGGCUAUGUGCUCAGCGCCGUUGCUAUGGAGACUCUCGGUGCAUCCGUCGAAACUUGCUGCGAAGCCAUGGGCCCUGGCGAGCAAGCUUUGGUGGUGCGCAGCGCCGGUUUUUCGGACGGGAACCAGGCUGAGUUCUGGCUGAAUGGUCAACGGCUGUAUGAGACUCGUAAGCGUGGGCUUACGGUCGUAGACCUGUGGCCUAACAUGACAGUGAAGCACAUCGAGACCUUCGAUACCCAUGCAGAUUCUUUGCCCAUGGCUGCAUACUUGAACUCAACGGCCAAAGGCAACGUGAUCCUGGUCGGAGCAUCGGACGAUGCUUCCGCAGGCAUGACUUGGGAGGCAGCGAACCAACUUCGCGCCUGCGGUGCCACGUUUCCCCGGCCGAUUUGCUUCCGGUGCUCCUACACUCUCAUUGGCGUCAAAGGUGGAAGCAAACUCGCUGAGGUUGGGACGAGCCCAGGAACGGGGAAAGCUGUGUCUGUCAGCGUGCUCACGCCGGAGUUACUCCGGUUCCUGCCUGUGGAUGGAGGUGUUAACCGUGCCUGCCGGGGACAGUCGGCCGGCGACAACAGCGGCGACCACUACGUUGUGGUCGAUGGCAUCGAGACGCUUCAGGCCUGCAAGCUGGAGUGCAUCCGAAGAGAGGCAUGUGUUGGUAUCGAGCACCGCGGAAGCCGUUGUGAAGUCUGGACACGGCCAGGAGGAGUCCAGGCCUCUGUUUACCUGUACGACUACACGUGCCUGAGCUACACUCCACCUCUCGCAACAACGGCCACGACAACGAUGGCCUCCACCGCAACGACCAGUACAAGGGCCAUCGCGACACGUUUUGCGGCUGUGGACGGUGGAGUCAAUCGAGCAUGCCGUGGGGCAUCAUCUUCCGACAAUGCUCCGGCCCACUACACAGUCAUCCCAGGCAUCCAGGCUCUUGGCGAUUGCCAAACCGAGUGCAUUCAGGUCGCUGGCUGCGUGGGCAUUGAGUUCAGCGGCGGGAGAUGUGAAGUUUGGAUCCGUCCUGAUGGAAUCCAGGCUUCGAUUGCAUUGAAUGGCUUCACGUGCCUGAGCUACACUCCUCCCCUUGCAACGACAACGUUAGCCUUGACUGCAACGACCAGUACAAGGAGCCGCAUUCUGUGA